CGGGGCGAACCUCCGGAAAGGGAGGAGGGGGGAGUUCCUGCUGCAAGGGCCGCUGGGAAUUGUAGUACGGCGGAGGACCGAGAGAAACAUCUUCGUCCAAAAACCCUGAGCUCUGACCUUCUGCAGCUAAUUAACUUCAAGGGGCGUUCUCUCUGUUUAUGGGCGCCCACACUCUUGAACUGAAAGUUCUUCCUAAUAAUUAGCUUAAACUACAUAAAAUGGGAAACUGUCAAUAACUUAACAUACAACAUGCCCAUCUAGAACCUUCUUGGUGAAACCGCCAGGUCCCCCCACUUUUUAUAAGGAAGCAAAGAAACCCUACAUGUGGAUUAUCCAGUGCUGGAACUGGCUAUAUCAAAUCUUUAAUAUCAAACAUCAGUGUGUCUUUCUUCCUGCCAAGGAAUGAUCCAAAGUAGCUUUGCCUUCUCUGUCUUUUGAAGGACAGAUAUUUAAAUAAAUAGCCACCCACAACUGCCAUUUCCCAAACUGUCACAGAACUUUCCAAGUUCAACAUUCUCUCACUUCUGGGGAAGGAGCAUCACCUAAAACAUUCCGCGUGCUGUUUGAAUAGUAGCAGAGAGGCCACCAAUCUCUCUGUCCACAUGUACUCUCCAUCACACAUGCAGCAAUUUCUUCAAUGUCUGCAACACAGCCGUGGGAAUAAGUCCCAGGCAGCAGAGGCAGCAGUCCAUGUCCACUGUCAGCCCCAGGACCACCAACUCACAGCCACAAACUGGACUCCUACCCUGAAGGGGGGCACCCACCAGUACGGCCUGGAUCUCUUGGGCUGCAGGAAGCAGCAAGGAGUAGCUGCCAGCCCCAGGGUUCCCAGUGCCGAUUCCGACACUGUGAAGAAGCCCUUGGCAGUGACACUGUGUGCUCAUUAUGGAGAGAGGGAAAAUGUUUAGAUCCACUUUGCAGAUUUAGACACAUGGAAAUGCAGCAAAACUGCAGCAUUUCAUGCUUCUGGGAAACUCAGCCUCUUGGUUGUGUGAAGAUCAGUUGUGUGUUUUAUCAUAGCAAACCCCGUAAUAUCAAUGGACUUUUUUUGCCACCAAGUAGCAAUGUCACACUACAAAAAGAAACCCAGGAAGGAAUUCUGCCCCCUACCCAGAGUCAAGAACCUCUGAAACCUCAAGAGAAUAUAUCAAGACCCAUUCAUCCUCCAUUGGUCAUAACUAUUAACUUUGAGGAAGAGGAAGAGGAGGAAGAGGAAGAGGAAGACGACAAGGAGAACAAUGCUUCUAGUUUGUGGACAAAGACUCCAGAGGAAAUCGAAGAAGAAAGGGCGAUAAAGGAAAUGUGCUAUAAGUCUGGUGAAUACUACAGAUUUCACACUCCUCCAGACAUUUCAGCAAAAAGCAUAACUUCAACAGUGGAAAAAGAGUUAGCAAAACCCUUGGAAAAUGGCAAUGAAUUGCAAGAAGGGGAUGGUCUUACAGUUCCAACAAAAUUCAAUAUAUUUGAAAGACAAGGUGAGAUAAAAGCAUCAUUGGAUGGGAAACCAAGAACCGACCUUGCUGCUUUUGAAAAUGGAGGGGGUGACUGUUAUGUACCACAAAGGAUCAUAUUUCUUGGAGUGGAUGAGAGUGAGACUUUAACUGAAGAGAAUGAAUUCAUCAUGUCAAAAGGUUCAAACAAUAGUAAAGACAUCAAGGACAGUCCUCAUCCAAAGCGUUCUGUAACUACAAGACCAGUACCUACCACACAUGUCUUAAAUGCUACUGAGAAUAUCAACACAAAGUGCAGAGAGGAUCCCUCUUCAAUGAAUGAUGCUCAGUCAGCGAGGAAACCUAACUUUAAAGGGGUGAAAAAAAAGAAAUGGAUAUAUGAGGAACCAAAGAAUCCCCCAGGCACAGGGACAAGGAAAGCAACACAGGCUCCAAACCCCAAAAAUAAAAUGAGCUACCAACGUAAUGAUAAAAACAGGAACGCGGAGAAUGCAUCCUAUGUUCAUGUUCAGAGAGAUACUGUAAGAAGUGUUUCAUUGAACUCACCAGCACGUGGCAGGUCAGCAAAUGGGACUUAUAACAAAGUCAAUGUUAACAAGGAACCCAAACUCAACCUCUGUCCAGACAAAUAUACGUCAACAUCAUAUAAUGCUUCAACAUGGAGAAAAAGAAUUCCUUUUUCAAAAACAUACUCAAAAACUGAAAAGAUAUAUUCAGAGCCAAGAAGAAAUGGAAGCAAGUAAAACAGGAGGUUGAGAGAAGAAAAGGAGAAAAGAGAAAAGUGCUGGACAUCCUAUGAUUUACAAUCAAAAAUGAUAAAAAUGCAAAUUCAAAGAAUGAGAUAUUCAAGUACUUCAUACUAUAUACUGGAUAGCCAAAGAUGAUAAAAUGCAAAUUCUGAAAAUAAGAUGCAGGAAGUACAUUGUACUGUUUCAAAAAUGAUAAAAAUGCAAAUUACAAACAGAUAAGCUGCAUGUGUAUUUAUACAGGUCUGGAAUUCAUUCAAUGCAUUUGUCAUGAAAGUUUAAUAAAAUUCAGAAGUUUGACAAUUAAAGUCAUUCUUUAAUUGUAAACCAAGUUAUAUUGACCACAGAUUGAAGGGUAAAAUUGUGUCUUUGAUCUGUGUUACCAAAAUAUUCCUUAUGGAAAAAACCCUCUCCUUUUCUUUAUCUAGAUUUCAAAACUGGGCCUUCAGAGGUGACAUCUGAUGAAGUUAAAAACUAAUUGACUGAAGGUCUCAGGGCUUCAGUUUGACUGUGAUGGGUUAUUUCAGAGGAAUUCCUAUGUAAACACCAAACUUCGAUGUGUUCUAGACAGAGACAAAGGUUUGUUAAAUAUACAGGGCAGUCGUUGUACAAUGUAUUGUCAUUGGUGCCCCCAGUGCAGAGCCAAUGAGAAGGCGCCACCUUCAAAAUUGGAUAAAAUUGAGGUGAAAAAGAGUCCAUAAAUUGGAAAUGGAAAAUAGAAGAUAUUCAGAAUGGGAAACAGGACAAGCCUGAGAAGAAACCUGGAGUCUAGAGGAAUUAAUAUUUCUAUUUGCAUGCAUCUCUGGUUACCAGUAGGAUAUUGUUCAAUUUUUAUUGGGGGAAAUCAGGGUUUUUUAGUUUUUAGUUUUUUUUUUUACUCUUUUGUAAAGAUGUGAUUCCAGUUUUGUGGAGGAGACAGGGCCCACCACUCGUGGAUUUUAGUGGCAUACUGUCUAAAGCACUCACCAAAACCUGGGGAAAGAGAGUCAGUUGUUUGAGAAACAGGAUGGGAUGAGAAAUUGUGUUGGUGAGACCUCCAGGUGAUGGUUUGAGCCUGUGAGGGGGAAUCACGUGACAAGCUAUUAACUGGGCAGUUGAUAAGAUGCUCGAAUAUAUCCCCAAUUGAUAAGUGGCUCUGCACAUUUGUAACUUGAACUAGUGAUGAAGAAGGAAAUAUGUUGGGACAAAAAGUUGUCCUCUAAAAUGUAGUGCAUCCCCCACGUAUGUUUGCUUUGUGAAUGAAUGCAUACACUGCCUAGAGAGGAGGGGAGGGGUGAGAGAGAACCUCUCCAAAAGGCUUGGCCAUGAUCAUUCUGAGUACUUACCUACCUGUAUUGUUCCUGAAUAAGAGGAAAUUGUGAUGGUACUAAGCUCUGUUUCUGAGAACCAGUAAACAAUGACUCUGAAAACCAA